AGCUACCGGUCACAUGCUUUGGCGUUGCGGAAUGCACGACUCGUCGCGUCUCCCACCAAACAAUGGAAACCCCUCCAUUCGCUCUCGUGUACGCAUGAGAACCAGAUUCAACAACAGCCACAGCGCUUAGUGUCAAAUCCCCGAAUACAUCACGUCUCAUCAUAUACCCUAAAGCCCAAAAUAACCUCCUUUCAUGGUCACCAUGGCCGACGAAUCCUCCUCCCUCCCCAUAGACCAAUCCCACAUCCUCCUCACAUCAUUCAACACCUUCCUCACCGUCGCCAUCCACAACAUCCUCUUCUACCGCCGUCUCUACCCCCCCGAAACCUUCCUCUCCGCCCGCGCCUACAACCUCCCCGUCCACCAAAACCGUCACCCAAAAGUAUGCACCUGGGUCACCGACGCCGUCUCCUCCGUCGCCGCCCAGCUAUCAUCAGGCAAAGUCUACCUCAUAGCAGUAGUAAUCCACUCCCCUCUCGACCCUUUCUCCCUCUCCUUCCCCCCCUCCCCAUCCCCCAUCCCUCCCGGCUCAGUCCUAGAACGCUACACAUUCGACACCUCCCACUUCCCAACCUGGACAACCCCCUCCAUGGCCACCCACGCCCGGAUCCUGCAAAAGGACUUCCGCUCCGAAGUCACCCGUGAGCCGUUACUCAACCACCCCUCCCUUAACCUCACCAACCUCAACGAGCAAUUCCGGGCUUGCCUCCUCAAGAUGGCGCAGGCGAUGGAACGGUUGAGUCCGAUACCAGAGGGGUGCACGUUCACGCUAGCUGUAGAGCUGAAAGAUGACGCUGCUGCUCCCAUCGGUCACCAUCAAGAUUGGAUCCCCUCAGAACCAACUGAUCCUCCACCAGAGCCACAAGACAGAACAGGCAAGGGGGGGUGCGUCACCUCAGUGGCAUCCAGGGCAGAAACCGGGGUAGCAGCCAAAACUACACCAGUCAGGGUGGUGGAGGCUGGACCGCUGUGGUUUGAGUGCUGGGUUGAGGAGUCGAGGGCAAAGGUUGCGUUGAUGGAAUUUACGGCUGCGCAAGAGAGAGUGUGAGGGGUAUGGCAUGGGUUGUUGGUCCGUGUCUGGGAUUUUCGGUUGGCGUUCAGGUUGCAAGUGUUCAUUUGGCUUAGUGAUACCCCCAGGACUGGAAAAUAGAAACAGGUCCUCGUUUUAUUAUUACACGCACGCUAGCUUAUGUUUUCAGUAGCUCAACAAAUGCCUCACAAUGGGCUGGAAUAGAUCACAC